AUGCAGGAUAAUUGUAUCAAUGAAAACAGUUAUAUGGGUCAUAUUGAUCGCAAGAUCAACCUAGAAUCAUUUACAAGAACGUAUCAGGUGACCGAGAGUGAGGAUAGCUUGCAAGAGAAAGGAAAAUUGGGCUGCACUGACGUCAUUUAUUGGUUGAUAUUCGUCCUCGCCAUAAUGGUACCAUUUGUAUGGAUACCGCUACCAAAGCGAUUCCUUCGUAUAGAAACAACGAUCAUGACAGCGAUAUUAAUUAGACUAGGCAAACGUCACCAGAUAGCUAUGCUUAUUAGACAGGAGGUUGUGUACGUCGGGGAGAUAUCAUAUGCUCUUUAUCUCAUACACUGGCCUGUUUUCGUUGUAAUGAAUUACUGGUAUUCCGAGGAUCCACUAUGUAUUAAUGGAAAAGGGCGUACACUACGAAGACCGUCAAGGCUGAGAUUGGUCGACAUCGUGAUAUUCGUAAACGUCGACUCCUACACCGCCGACUGCUUGCUGUCGCAUGUUUCUAGGAACAGUUCUUCUCCAUUGUCAAACGUGGCGUUCAACUGGUGGAGUCUCCUUGUCUUGAAAGGAAACGGUACAGUGGAUAUGCUGGUUGCAGGAAACAGCUUUGCUUGCAAUCAGGGCGAUCUCAUUUACAACGCAUACAAAGCGUAUGCAAGAAACUUUCACAUAUUUUGUGUGACGGGGUGUGAAUUGUUUUCUCCCAUAUGCCAAAUUUCCUUCAACUUUACGCAAAUAGUUGAGGAACUGAAGCCAGAUGUCGUAUUCUUGAUUGAAAGAGCAUUUCUUAUGAAAGCUCCGUUCAAUGUAAAGCAACCAGUUGACAGAGAUAAGAAUUUUGGUCUUUAUAUGAAGCUACUGAGAUAUCUAGAGAAAAAAACGAAGAAGAUAUAUAUCCUGCAAGCUCUACCGAGCUGUGUAGUCUAUUGCUCCGCUAAAGCUAUGCUGUAUUUGAAAAAUGGGAAAGCUUUGAGUACAAUCAAAGAUGGUCUUGUAGUAAGGGAUGAGUACUUUGCUCGACAUCGAAUUUGGGAACUCAGCAAAAGAUGCAAAAAGUGUGAGAUAGUUGAUUACAUGCCAAUGCUUGUUGAUAAGAAGGGACAAUAUCUUGGUUACAACCCUAUCACGAAUCUCAUGUAUCUUGAUCAAGUAAAUCACUUCAACAGAUUUGGCAAACAAAUUAUACAGCCCAUCUUUGAGAAGUUGGCUAGGCAGUUUGUCAUACCUUAG